GCUCCAUGUGUUUUUUUGACAUUUAUCUUUUUUUAUUAUUAUUAUUUGUUUAUUAUUCCCAUCAUGAGGUGCCAAUACUACUGUAGUAAUCAGGCUUAAUUCCCUGUUAUUUUCUUCAAACCGGGCACAAUUAAUCCAUUGCUCUACCUAAAUAUGCAAAACCUUACUGAGUUACUUCAAUGCAAGUUUAGCACUGUUGUCAUUUAAAAAUGUGCUGCCAGUUACUAUUACAACUUAAGUAUAUAUAUAGAACUGAUAAUUGUUACGCCUAUGUUCGUACUGACCAAUUCUCUUUUAAAGCUUUUUUUUAUGAUAAAAUCACUAAAAUGCUAUGUAUAUACUGUGUUACAUUGAUUUAAUACAAUUUAUUUUAUCAUCUUUAUUUUUGGUAAGGUGGGGUAAGAUGAGACAUGCUCCCAUUUUUGCUCAUCCCAUUCGGAAGUAAACAAAGAAUAUUUAUAUACACAAUUAUAUAAUAACUGUGUCCUCAGGACUCUAGAAGACUGGUGUUAAUUGUGUAAAACAUGAUUAGAAAAUACGGGAAUUGGGUGCUAAAGAUAUACCGUCUUACCCCACAGUACUCUACUUAUACAUCUGUAUUACAUUGUGGAAUUAAUAAAUUUCCUAAAAUUAACUAAUAACUUUAUAAAUUUAAGGUUUUUUUUCAUUAUGUUAAGUGUUGAAGAUUUGAAUAGUUACUAUUUGGAAGAAAUUCGAAAAAAUGAAAAUACUGAUCAAGUAAAAAAUGAAAAUAAAGCUAAAACGAAAACAUCCAAUAAAGUGAAUAAACCUGAAAAAUAUAAUGAUGAAUAUGCAGACAAAAAUGACAUAAAACAGAUUGAAAAAGAACAAACAAAGAAAAGGGACGUUGAAGUUGUUGUGUUUAAAAAGAGGAAAACAACACAGCCAAAGACAAUACAAAAAGCAGGACAAGUUCUAAGCGCGGCACCAGAGACAGAUGGGCGGUUAAAAUCCAGAAAAUUGCUCAAAAAACUGCAGUUUGAUGUUUCUUCUUUUGGAUUAAAAGGAUUCUCUAAAGAAGACAAGCGGAAACUGGAACAGAAGAGGGCAGUAGAGCUCGGUGCCAAACCAAAGAAACGCGAAUAUGUUAAUUAUAAAGUUUUAAUGGAAGAAAAGAAAAAACAGAAAAUAGAAAAAGAAACAAAACUCACUGAAAGUGGUGAAACUGUAAAACGCGGCAAGAAAAAAGAAAAGAAAUCGAAUAACGCAAUAUUUUGGCAAGAAUCCAACAAAGUACAGACUUUCGGACAAGUUGGGAAAUAUACUGGUGGUGUUUUGAAACUUUCAAAAAGAGAUAUUAAAUCAAUGAAGACAAAAUAACAAGUGUAGGCUUUAGUUUUCAUAUGAUUGAGAUUCAUGUGAUGGGAAUUAUGUGAAUUUAUAAUGUUGACGUGACAGAAUUAAAGAAGUUAAUGUGAAAUAUUUUGUAAGAACGAGAGUACUUGAUCAGUCACUCAAAGAUAAACAUGUUACAUUAAAAAAAACAAACAUGCAUUUGAUUUUUUUCGAGCGGAUUUGUAAUUUUUUAUUGCUGCGAAUAUGUUUGGUCACUGAUUUCUUAUCAAAAAAAUAUACCCACCAAUACAAUGCUACACUUCAAAUAAUAAAAUAAAUAUAUAGAAUGCAUUUUAUCCUACAAUCAUGCAUUCAAACACUUUUUGCUGUCAACAUCGCUGUGUUUAAAUUAAAAUAUAUAAAAAGAGUAUUCCGCUA